AUGUUCUGUUUAUAUUGUUUUUCUUUUCUUUUCUGUGAAAUCCAUUCCACUCGGCUACUCUGCUAUCUUCGUGCUUACGUCAAAUUAGGAUUCAAAACAUCCGAGAACGUCAUAGUUCUUGCUGCUACUAAUCGAGCCGAUAUUUUGGACCCCGCUCUCUUGCGGCCUGGAAGAUUUGAUCGACAGAUCUACGUUUCUUUGCCUGACAUCAAGGGGCGUGCAUCCAUCUUCAAGGUUCACUUAAAGCCAAUUAAAAUGAGCCUUGACAUUGUCGGGACGGCCCGUCGAAUGGCCGCUCGCACUCCUGGCUUUUCGGGUGCGGACAUUGCUAAUGUCUGCAACGAGGCUGCGCUUAUUGCUGCACGUGAAGAUGCUCGCCAGGUGGAGACUAGUCAUUUUGAGAAGGCAAUCGAUCGCGUGAUCGCUGGGAUGGAGAAAAAAAGCCAGGUAUUACAACCGGACGAAAAGAAAACAGUUGCCUACCACGAAGCUGGGCACGCAGUGGUCGGUUGGUUCUUAGAGCAUUGUAACCCACUUCUUAAAGUGAGCAUUAUUCCCCGGGGCAAGGCACUUGGUUAUGCCCAAUAUAUGCCACGUGACGUCUACCUAUAUACACAGGAGCAGCUUAUGGACGAAAUGUGUCUUGCUUUAGGUGGACGCGCUUCAGAGCAAGUCUUUUUUGGGAAGGUGAGUCCGCCGGAAGUAAUAAUUAUUUAG